CUGUACUUAAGGGUAAAUAUGUGUGAGUUGGUUAAAAUCCUUCACCACCCUUGACUGAUAAUGUGCCAAGUCCUCUCAAGACUGAUGACCACUGGGACUCAUGGUCUGACGUAUUCCAGCUGAAAAGGCAUAGGAAAGAUGCCUGCUUGACUGUAACAGCUAUUGGCAAGUAUAAUUUGGCUGGUUCUUCUAAGAAAGCCUCCCAAGGUCCAGGAUUACAGACAUGACCACCUGAACCCGAUUGUUUUGACUACCACAAAGUCAAACUGAUAGAGUUUUCUCCGAGUGUCAGAGGACACUUAGGACUUGGCAUUUUGAGCAGUGCUAGAACUAUUAAAGACUUCAGUGCCAGGCACAGUUGCACAUGCCAUAGUCCUAUCACUUAGGAGACUGUGGCAAGAAGAUGACAAGUUCAAGGCCAACUUGGGCCACACUACAAAAAUCUGUUUCAAAAACCAAAACCCCAAGCUGGGUGGUAGUGGUGGUGGUAGCAGCAAACAAAUUUACUCCCAGCACUUGGGAGGCAGAAGCAGGCAGAUCUCUGAGUUUGAGGCUAGCCUGGUCUACUGAGUGAGUUCCAGGACAGUCAGAGCUAACACAAAGAACACCUGUCUCAAAAAAAAGAAGAAAAAAAAAAACAGAAACAAAACAAAAGACAAACAAACAAAAAACAAACCAAAACAACAACAGCAGCAGCAAAAAACUCCAGAGACUCUUGAAGAUAUUCUGAGUAUAUUUUUCAUUGUAAAGUUCUCAGCAUGGAUACUGCCUACCUGAAGAACUGCUUUGGAACCGGCCUGACCCAGGCACUGGCAGAGGUGGCAAGAGUGCGGCCCAGUGACCCAAUAGAGUACCUGGCUCACUGGCUUUACCAUUAUAGGAGUAUAACUGUAGCUGAGGAAAAGAGAAGGCAAGAGGAGCUACAGCUUAAGGAAGCACGUGACAGAAGCGCUGAGGAAGCAAAAACAACAGAAAUGCUGAAAGAAGAAGGCUAUCAGAUUCAGCAGAAGUGUGAAAAGUGUCACCAGGAACUGCCCUCGACCUCUUUUUCCUCAGACAAGACCCCAGCCCUGCAGGAAGACACGGCACCCCUUGAGGAGAAGACUAUGAGGCAGGAAUCUCAACCGGGUGCCUCGCGUGUGAUUUCUGAGAUGCCUCAAAGGGCUAUUCCCUCAUAAAAAAAUUUUUAAAAAGGCCCGUAAGAGGAGCACUCAUCUCAUCUAAGAGUUAAGAGACUAAGAAAGAGGGGUCUACUGAUUCUCUGGUCUGCUAGCCAUAACUACCUUUAAUCAUGUGAAGUUUUGAAUUAGCUGUUAGAGAAAGGUGAACUCAGAACAAGAAUUAAAAACAAUAAGUCAUCAAGCCAGUGAAGCCUUUUUCUCCUGACAUUACAGAGUGAGAGCGCACCCUGUACUGUACUCAUCUUAACUUUAGCUGUGCUUUGCAGUCAGGGCUCUGAUGAUCCUUACCUGUGUCCUGGAGGCUGCCAGUGGCACUGAUAAUAGAUGUUUUCUUCAUGCCAUUUUUUGUUGGUUUUUUUUUUAAUUUUUUUUUUUUUAUUUUGGUUUUCGAGACAGGGUUUCUCUGUAUAGCCCUGGCUGUCCUGGAACUCACUUUGUAGACCAGGCUGGCCUCGAACUCAGAAAUCUGCCUGCCUCUGCCUCCCAAGUGCUAGGAUCAAAGGCGUGUGCCACCACACCCGGCUCCAUUUUUUAUUAUGAUAAAACACAUGACCUAAAAUUUACAGUUCGGUGACCUUAACACAUUCAUAUUGUGCAACUCUUCCUACCAAUCAGCAUUCAGACAAUUUCUUUACCCUGUAAGGCUGAAAGUCUGUCCCAUUAAAUAAUAACUCUCUCCCCA